GGAGUUAUGGCGGCGUCGCUUCUCUCCGAGACCGACAUCAGGCACCGGUCCAUGGCGGAGGAGGAUCCGAACGGGAACGAGCACGGGGCGGCUGCACGCAGCGCGGAGCCUCGCUGGGGACCGCAGCACGCCGGGGCCCGACAGCUAGCACGGCUCUACUCUCCCGGUAAGCGGCUCCAGGAGUGGGUGUGUGUGAUUCUGUGCCUCUUCCUUUUCAUCAUCAACUUCUCCUUCCUCCUCCUGCACUUCUCCACCGCUCACAUCUACAAGAUCAUCCUCGGCAUCGUCCUAGGAAUAGUGACGGCAGACUUUGCAUCGGGGAUGGUACACUGGGGGGCGGACACCUGGGGAUCUGUGGACAUCCCUGUUAUUGGGAAGGCAUUUAUCCGUCCAUUCAGGGAGCACCACAUCGACCCAACCGCCAUCACGCGCCACAACUUCAUUGAAACCAAUGGCGACAACUGUAUGAUCCCCAUCCUACCGCUGGCUCACAUGGCCUACAAGUUCCUCACAUACACACCAGAGGCCUUGGCGGCGUCCUAUCCUUGGGACUGCUACGUCUUCGCCCUGGCCGUCUUCGUGACGCUGACCAAUCAGAUUCAUAAGUGGAGCCACUCCUACUUCGGCCUCCCGCGCUGGGUCACGCUGCUGCAGGACUGGCAUCUGGUGUUGCCACGGAAACAUCACCGCAUCCACCAUGUGUCUCCACACGAGACGUAUUACUGCAUUACUACAGGUUGGUGUAACUAUCCCCUGGACCAGCUGGGCUUCUGGAGACGAAUGGAGCAAUUGAUCAAAGGACUUACAGGGCACAAACCACGAUCAGAUGACCUGGCAUGGGCCAAGAAGACCGACAGAUAAACACACAAACACACGGACGGAUGGAUGGACAGUUGGAGCUGAUGAAAACACCUAGGGACAGGGAUGGAUUGGGAAAACAUACACACACAUACACAUACAUUUUACUCAUGUCUUUGAGUUUCUUGCUUUUCUGCUAAGGAGCAAACUUUCAAAGAAACUG